AAUGUUACAGGAUACAAAGUUAUGCUGAAUAUAAUAAGAGUUACUACAUCUUUAAGUUUUGAAACUUAAAAACUAAAAAUAUCCUCAAAAAACUUGAAUAAAAUGGAAGCUGAUUCAACCACAUAUGACAGUGGCUCUUAUAUAAAUAACUCAAAUGAUAAGAAUAUUUUCUUUCCCUUUACUGCAAGUCCAAGAAAUAUUGCCUUAUAUGAGGAACUACUCAUUAAGAAGGGAGAUAAACCAUUGGAAUGUCAAAUUGUAGAGCGGCUGCAGAAUUUUGGUUUGCUUUCUACAAGUCUACAGUGUCCUGAAGCUAGACCUGAUUGUAAUCUUGUAUGCAAACCAGCUCGAGUAGUUGAUAGGGUUCAGUGGGUGUGUGAAGGAUGCAAAAAGAAACAGCCAAUACGGACCGGUUCAUUUUUCUAUAAGUUACAAUGCUCUAUACUCCAAGCAAUGCAGAUGAUUUUUGCAUGGUGUGAGGAUGCAGAAAUUACUGAGGCGGCUGAGUUUUUCGAUGUGAAAUUUCGGACGGCAAGUAUAAUAUAUGAAAAGCUGGAUGAGCUGACGGCAACACAGAUGCGGAGGACCAAGCUCGGUGGCGAGGGUGCCGCAGUGCUUACUGAGAUGUAUCCAGACUGUCUUAACAGGCAAUCACCAGACACCACUGAUCAAGCACAUGCUCUCCAAAUAUUAAUGGUUGCCGACACUAAGCAAAUUCCAACAAACUACAGGCUACAUGUAAUGAAGAGUAAUUUAAAGAAAGUUCCAUUUUCCGAUACACUGCAGUUGAUACAGGCGGAGGUCCAGGAAGUGAUAUCAAGUGUGAUUGAAAGUGACCCAUUAUUAGUAUGUGGUAACAAUGUGCCUCCUGUUGACGCAGCCGUUCCCUUGACACAACUCCUGCAGCAUUGUGAUGUUGAGAUGCAGCACUUCUUGAGCACUCGCGUAUGGAGACAGGCGUUGACCCUGUGCGGUGCGGCGCGGGACCUGUGCGCGUGCGCAUCGACUCCGGUGUGCGGGGGCGCCAUGCAACUGUACCUCGAUACAGCGCUGUACCGCCUGCGCCACGAGCACGACUUCUACCGACACGUCCUCACCCUCCUCACCUCAUUCGUACAGUGAGUCAUCCCGGUGUCAUCGCGAACUUUAGUGCCAAAUUAUAAUUCCAACUCCCGAGGCUGUAGAUUUCCAUACCAAUGGAACGGUUCAACGAUGUUGAUAAUCUGUGCGAAAACAUAAUGAGAUAUAUCGUUUUGGAAUUGAGAGAAUUGGAUUAUUCCCAGGUAUGAAAAUUAAAAACUUUAUAAGGAAACAGUGAAUUCCUCUUAUAAGUUGUUUCAUGUGAUUAUAACCUAAAUUAGCUUUACCUGUUCAUUCGUUUGUUAAAGCCUUUAAGUGGUAUUAUAAUAUUGUAUUUCUUUUCAUUUGGUAAAUCCUAAUGGUUUAAAAUGUGCCUUAUAAUGUAAGUUGUUUUUUUUUAUUGGGACACUUUUCCCUUUGAUUUGAUUAUAGAUGUAGUCUAUAGUCUUUGAUAGUUAUUUAGUAGCUAUAUUACUAACUUCCAAUAAGGUUGUGAAUAAAUUAAAUAUUUUAUACAAACAUAUAUUUUAGUAACGUGUGAAAUUUACAUUAGAUACUAUUAGAUAUUAUUGUUACUGAUUUCUUGAUAAAUUUUUCAAAGCCUGUGUAAAUUUUUAUCCAAAGACAUAUACGUCCUAGUACAAUAUGAAGGUCUAAACUGCAUUAGAUAUAAAAUUAUUUUUGGAGAAAUUAUCAUCUUUGGCGUUAUUAAUAGCGUAUUAGGUUGGCCGCACACAUAGCGACGUCUUCCGAUGUGUGAUCAAAGCAAAUUGAAUGAAUCUAGUACGUCAUCAUAUAUUCAAAGCUCAGAAGUCAAACUGAAUGGAAAUUAUUGAAGGUGUGCAGUUGUCUAUGAUUGACAGUUGGUAGGAACAUUUAUAAAUAAAAUAUGUCAAUAAUAAACAUGACAUACCAAAUAUUGGUUAAAACAAUAUGGCGGAAAUAAUAACAAAAAAACAAGAACACACAAACUCAUAAAAUUAAAUACUCUAGUCAUAUCUAAUCAGAUUGACAUCUAUAUAAUACUAUAUUACAUCUGUCAUGAGGUUGUUAUUUCGUUAAGGUCGGCCACAUGCAUUUGCUUUGCUCUUUUUUCGACUUUUGAAUCCACGUGACGCGCACACGUUCUUAUUUCGCUCUGUUAAUGACAACCGUAAUUGUUGAUGUAUGUUUCAACAACUACGUUCAGAAUUCAGAUCCGAAAACGAAUCGAUCUCUCCGAACUCAAACGGCCUUACAAAUAAACUUGGUAUAAAGUUAUACCUCAUACUAAACCAAGAAUAUGCAAAAUGUUGACUUUAUCGCUGACGACACUGUCAAUACAAUGAUAGAUCUGAAGUUUUCCGAAUGUCAAGCAGCCUUGCAAAUAAACGCGGGAAACGUUAUACGUCCGAAUAAACCUGUCAUAAGUAAAAUGUCUAUUUGUAAACAUUUUGCAUAUUCUUGUAUUAUUCUCGGGUAUUACCAAGUUUAUUUGUAAGGCCGUUUGUGUUCGGAGAGAUCGAUUCGUUUUCGGAUCUGAAUUCUGAACGCAGGUGUUGAAACAUCCAUCAACAAUUAUUACAGUUCUUAUAAACAGAGCGAAAUAAGAAAGUCGAAAAAGAGCAAAGCAAAUGCAUGUGGCCUUUGCCACCUUAAGAAAAUAGCAACCUCAUGAGAGAGACCAAUGCAAUAUAGUUUUAUAUCGAUGUCAAUCUGAUUUAACAAGAGUAUUUAAUUUUAUGUUUUCAUGUUUUUUUGUUAUUUUUUCCGCCAUGUUGUUUUAACCAAUAUUUGGUGUGUCAUGUUUAAUAUUGACAUAUUUUAUGGCUUAGGUAUAUGUUUAUAUGACAGUUGCUUUGUAAAAUGUAAACUGCCAUGCAAGUUAAAAUAAUAUACUCAGUAAGACGUCUAUCUAUAAUCACUUUCUAUGAGUGUUUUUUUAAUGAGAAAAAUCACUAGAUGAUAAAAGCUUUCACCGGAUGGUGAUACGCUCGGCCCAUUACAUUAAUGCGGACUGACAUAACUAACUUUGGAUUUCACGUAGGAAAACUAGAUGGCGUUGCUUAGAAAAACAGUUGCCUAGGUAUCUACGGGGUCCAAAUUAAGGGGACAUAAUUUGGCGGCUGUACCUUAUAGCAAAUAAAACAAGUCAAUAGGGACUGUCUUUACGUAGAAGAAGUUUUUUAUACGUUUAUAUUUGACUGUCAUGUUUAUGUUUUAUUUAAGAACUGCAAACAAAUUGUUAAAUUAACACGUAACGGCCUUAACUAUAAUGUUUACGAGUACCAUUAUUAAUAUGAUUUGACGUCUUCCCGCGAAAGUGUGUGCCUUUAUUAUUAGUAAAUAUAAUUUUAAGAACAGUGCAUAAUGUGUAUGCAUCAAUGUUAAACACCGUGAUAUUUGAAUUUUUGAUAUUAAAACGUAUCUUAAUUGUUAGUUCUGUAAGUUAGGUUUUGCAAUAUAUCCUCUAUAUAUUAAUGCAAUUUUGUUGUAAGACUGAUUGACUAGCGAUUGAUCGUUGUUUGCGCAACGUUAAUAUACAUAGAAUAAAGUCAGUAUUCUUAAAAAUUUAUGUCAAACUUGCGCUUGACAACAGCUGUAUUAUUUGUACCACGGGCUCAGUGUGCGAUGACUAUAAUACAUACGUUUAUAAUUAGAUACAUACAGUACCUAAUCUAGUAGCUAGGGACUUUCCCCCUUAUUCAUAAUGGUCCGCUAACUUUAAACAGCCGCUUAGGAGUGUUUUUUCUCAUUCUGACUUAGGUCAAUAGAAGAAGACAGAGUGAGAAUUAGCAAUGCUAUACGUUUAUGAAUAAGGGGGUUUGUCUUUAGUAUUAUUGCGGCAGGAAACUGUUACUACAAACAGAGUACUAGAAAUCAAGAAUAGUUGGAUCUGAUUCCUGCCACAUUCCUCUGCUGUGCAGUUGAUAGUAGAUUGUAGAUCUAACUACUUCGAACCUUCAAACUGGAAUGAGUUAUGUUUACUUUAAAAGAAGCGUGUUCAACUAUCUAAAAGGCCGGUAACACCAUAACCAAAAGGUUGGUGUUGUGAAUGUGGGCGGCGAUUACCACCUUGCAUCAGCUGAUAUAUUCACUCGUUCCUUCCCAUUUUAUAAAAAAUGACAAAAGUUCGUUAAAAGUUCCUAUGGAACUUGUUUUAUUUUAAAAUUCAUACUUUAUGAUAUUAUAGAAAUUUGAUAUUAUUCAAGGUUUAAUAUUUUUUAAGUUAUAAAAAAAUAUAAAUAUUUAUUACUACUUUGAUUAAUGAUUCAUUAAAACCACAGAUAAUUCAACCGAAAUGCCCUCGCUUUCAUGAAUUUAACCACGAAAAAAAAUCGCCAUAACUUCACACCUGCGUUUAAUUACUGCUGAAAUACACUUAGGUAUUACAUUUUAUUUUAUUUACUAAUGAAAUAGCAAGAAAUCUGGCAAUUGUUUGUAGCGCUAGAAUAAAAUUGUCAUCGGUUUCUCAUUGAAAGAAAGUCUUUAUCCAAAGUAUUCUUGCAGUUGAUAUAUUUUUUCUAUCAAUAUCAGAUUAAUGACACGUCCCAAUGAGAGAGUGACAUAAUUUUAUGUAAAUUUAUCUACGAAAGUAAGUUAUGUGAAAAUAGAAAUCAAAGCGAACUUCUUUUUAUAUUUUAUGUUUGGCUAAUUAAUUAUUUCACUGAUUAAUGAUGCAAUAAUAAUUUACCUGUGAAAUAUUUUUUUUUAUGUAAAUAAGGGACAAGACGAGCAGGACGUUCAGCUGAUGGUAAUUGAUACGCCCUGCCCAUUACAAUGCAGUGCCGCUCAGGAUUCUUGAAACCCCAAAAAUUCUGAGUGGCACUACAACUGCGCUCGUCUCCUUGAGACAAGAUGUUAAGUCUCAUUUGCCCAGUUAUUUCACUAGCUAUGGCGGCCUUUAGACCGAAACACAGUAAUGCUUAUACAUUACUGCUUUACGGCAGAAAUAGGCGCCGUUGUGGUACCCAUAAUCUAGCCGGCAUCCUGUGCAAGGAGCCUCCCACUGGUAGACUAAACGUGUUGUACGCUGUCCCCACCAUUUAACUAAUAAAUUCGGCAUUAUAACGGUAACACGGACAAUGUUAUCGCUGUAACUCUCGACGGCGGACUGAGAAACGAAAAGAGGCGGGGCCGGCUGUUAUGCACUGUCACUGCCAAACCUGCGCCAAAGCAAAUCCCUAGUACCGCGUCGUCUUUAGGUUGAAUUGUCUGUGAUUAAUACUAAUUUGGUUGAUAAAGUGAUAUUUUUGGAAUAAUUUGAAACAAAUUGAAUUGAUUAUUGUACGGAAUUUUGGUAUAUGUUUGUUCGGAAAUAUUACAAUUCUAUUCAAAUGUAAGCACAAAUAUUGUUACCUGUUUUCAAAAUACUUUUUUAUGUUUUAUUAAAAUUAGCUUAAGUUGUACUCUAAUGUUGGUCUUUCUUUUAGUUAAUAGUUUCUUUAUACUUUUAUGUUUAAGUUAAUAAACUUACAAAGAAAUAAAA